UUGGGACCGUCGGCUGGAAGAAGUGGAAGAGUAUUUCUUUUCUUCCGUCCAGAGAAACAUCAAACGCGCAAGAACCAUGUUGACCUUGACGUUUGCCGCAACGCUUUUGGUUGCGGGACUCGCAGAGGCGAACUCCGAUGAGAGCUGGAAGAACGCCAAGUCAAUCUACGAGUUCAGAGCCCUUGAUAUUGACGGCAACAAAGUCGACUUUAAUAAAUACAGGGACCACGUGACGCUGAUCGUGAAUGUGGCUUCCAAGUGCACACUGACACAGGAGCACUACACGAAACUGAGCGCGCUCUACCACAAGUACUCGGAAUCGAAGGGCCUGCGCAUUAUGGCCUUCCCCACCAACGACUUUGCCAAGCAGGAACCCUGGGCGGAACCUGAGAUCAAAGAGUUCGUGAAGAAGCAGUUCAACGUGACCUUCGACAUGUUUAGCAAGAUCAGCGUCAACGGCGACAAUGCUCACCCGCUCUGGAAGUACCUUAAGGAAAGGCAGCCGGGUUUCCUGUUCAACGCCAUCAAAUGGAAUUUCACCAAGUUCCUGGUGGACAAGAAUGGACAGCCUGUGAAGCGUUAUGGCCCCACGGACUCGUUCGAGACAAUCGAAGCAGACCUUCUCAAGUACUUUGAGAAGACCGAAUAGAAAAGUCUACAUAGCUAAAAAUGACCUUUUCCGGAAAGUGCAAAUAAAAUACUUAUAUAAUUAUGAAACCUC